CCAGUUUGCGUUUCCUUAUUUACUAGAGCAGGUCUGCUGCUUUGAUACUGCAUAGAUUAAAUUUGCCCGUGUUUUACCAAGUAGAUCUAAAGACAAUUGCAAGGGGCACACUGUGGAAUUAAUUUCAAAAACUAUGUUUUUUCUUUCUACGCACACAAGGCGGUUUCGUCGUAUUUAACCGACAAAAGACUCCGAAAAAAGGAUAUGUCCUUUUUUCCUGUUUGUUUCUCUCUGCAGUGAAACUAAGAAAUAAGGAAAAUAUACCACAAAAACUGGAACACAAACAUACGUGUGUGUGCGAGAGAGAAAGGGGUUAAAAAGAACAUUUGGAGAGUUUCACUAUGGAAGAAAAUGAUCAUAGCAACAGAGAUGCGGAGCGCCAGGAUUCGGGCGAUGAGUCCAAUAGGGCUAUUCUACCCCUGUUGCAGGCUCCUGGAAACCUACUCCCUCACAGAAUCACCAACUUUUACAUCGACAACAUUUUGAGACCAGACUUCGGUCGCAGGAAAGAAGGAACCAGGCGAGACGAAAUUAAUAUAGUUGAAAGAGAGAACCGCUGUCCAUCGGCUCCCGGAUCAGGGCAGGUAGGAGCUCCAGUGUCAGGGGAAGGAACCUCGAGCCCUCACCCUGUGAGCGCGUCUAAAAAAACUGAUAUUACCGCGGACGCACCUCUGAAAACCCGUGCAGAGACUGGAGAUCAAUGUUUAAGCUCAGAUUCGGAUUGCUCGCAAAGUAACGCUGUGCAGAAUAACCAACCAAUGCUUUGGCCAGCUUGGGUAUAUUGCACAAGAUAUUCAGACAGACCUUCAUCAGGACCAAGAUCCCGCAAACCAAAGAAGAAAAACCCAACCAAGGAAGACAAGCGUCCAAGAACAGCCUUCACAGCGGAGCAACUCCAGAGACUCAAGAACGAAUUCCAGAAUAACCGUUACCUGACGGAGCAGAGGAGACAAGCUUUGGCACAGGAACUCGGUCUCAACGAGUCUCAAAUCAAAAUCUGGUUUCAGAACAAAAGAGCGAAGAUUAAAAAAGCUUCGGGGAGCAAAAACUCACUUGCGUUGCACCUGAUGGCACAGGGACUAUACAAUCACGCCACAACAGCAAAGGACGACAAAUCAGACAGUGAUUAACGUGAAGGACAGGACAUCUGAAAUGCAAUAAUUCUAAACAAGGGCCAGUGUACAAAAUACCAGCAUUAAACGGAGGAAAACUAUAUGUAUGAGAUUUGAUUUUGCAAUAUUAUAUGUAUAUAUACUUUAUGUGUACGGUGGUGUCAAACUUUUUCAAUUAGUAUCACUGCUGUACACCUACUGAAACUUCAGAUAUAGUGCGCGAGGAAAAGGACGCUUCUUUAUUUAACAAAAAGGGGAGCGAUUUGAUUGACACUUGACGUUGAGCCACAUGUGAACGUGUUUAAUCCAUGCUGAAGUCCAAAGAUUUUCUCCUGCUGCAUUCAGGCGACUGUGAUUUAAAAUAAAUGGUAAAAAUGUUUUAUCUGAUUUAGAUGUUUGUUUGUUUCCAUGCAUAAUUUUAUUACUGGAUGAAUGUUUUACUUGUGUUACAGAGACAUGGUAUUUAAAAAAAAAAAGACAACGUUGCAUAUCAUCAUAUCAUGCUUACAAUAAUUCACUAUAUUGUAUUUAAAAGAUCUAUGGUCUAAAAUACUAUCCAAGUAUGCCACACAUCCAAUGUCCUCACAUUUUCAGGAAAUAGAUCAGACAUCUGAAUGCAUACGAGUCAGUAAACCUCAAAACUACACUUCUAAUGCAAGUACUUGACUUAAGUUGUUGUCUGUUGGAUUUAGCUGGGAAUGUACAAUAAAAGUUUUCUCAUCUUCUUUUUCCAAAUGGGUAUCCGGCAAGUUUUUUUCCCCCCCGGUAUUUGCGUUUUCAUCCUUUUUAUACUUUUGUAUGAAGUUACAAUUGUUACUGAGCCGAAAAAGCAACUCUACUGUAAGGUUAUUAUUUGAAUAUUACCA